UUCUUAGGUUAUUGAUGGCAGCCAAACAACCACCAAUUGGCAUUGACCUUGGAACAACUUACAGUUGUGUUGGAGUGUAUCAAAAUGGGAAGGUAGAGAUCAUAGCAAAUGACAUGGGAUAUCGAACUACUCCAAGUUAUGUUUCUUUCUCUUCUGAAGACCGCCUUGUUGGAGAAACAGCAAAGCAGCAAAGUGCUGUCGACCCACAGAACACUGUGUUUGAUGCCAAGAGAUUAAUUGGGAGGAAAUUUGAUGAUGCAGCAAUUCAGGAGGACAUGGCACAUUGGCCUUUCAAAGUUACCUCAGAUGGCGACAAACCACGUAUUGAGGUAACAUAUAAAGGGCAAAAAAGGUCAUUCCAUCCAGAAGAAAUUUCAGCCAUGGUUUUAGUAAGGAUGAAAGAAACAGCUGAAUCUUAUUUAGGUGGGUCCUGUGAGGAUGCUGUAGUCACUGUUCCUGCCUACUUUAAUGACUCACAACGUCAAGCCACAAAAGAUGCUGGAGUGAUAGCUGGGCUAAAUGUUAUGAGAAUUAUCAAUGAGCCCACAGCAGCAGCGAUUGCUUAUGGACUGGAUAAGAAGACAGGUGGGAAAAGUAAAGAGAGAAAUGUUCUCAUAUUUGAUCUAGGUGGUGGCACAUUUGACGUUUCUAUCUUGACUAUUGAUGAUGGUAUAUUUGAGGUCAAGUCAACAUCUGGCAACACUCACUUGGGGGGUGAAGAUUUUGAUAACAGAAUGGUUGACUUUCUUAUUCAGGAAUUCCAACGGAAUGCAGGUGAAGAUAUUGGAAAUAACAAGCGAGCUAUGAGACGUUUGCGGACUGCUGCGGAAAAGGCAAAAAGAGUUCUUUCAUCAAGCACACAAGCAUCCAUAGAGCUUGAUUCACUUCAAAAUGGCAUGGACUUUUAUACAACAAUUUCACGAGCAAAAUUUGAGGACCUCUGUAUAGACUUGUUCAAAGGUACGCUUGACCCAGUACAGAAGGCUCUUGAUGAUGCAGGAUACAAAAGUGAAAAUAUCCAUGAUAUUGUUUUAGUUGGUGGCUCAACUAGAAUCCCCAAAGUACAACAACUUCUGGCACAAAUGUUUGAAAACAGAGAGCUGAAUAAAAGUAUUAAUCCCGACGAAGCAGUUGCAUAUGGAGCAGCAGUUCAAGGUGCAAUAUUAUCUGGGAACAAAAGUCAAGAAAUCCAAGAGAUGCUUCUCAUUGAUGUAACACCCCUAUCUCUUGGAAUAGAAACUGCUGGUGGGGUUAUGACAACACUCAUCAAAAGGAACUCUGCUAUUCCAAUCAAUGAAACAAAGAUAUUUACAACUUAUCAGGAUAGACAACCUAGUGUCUGUAUUCAAGUGUACGAAGGAGAGCGUGCGAUGACAAAAGAUAACCAUCUUUUGGGACAGUUUCACCUACAUGGCAUUCUACCAGCACCACGGGGAAUCCCUCAGGUAGAGGUUACUUUUGAUGUUAAUGCUAAUGGGAUUAUGGAAGUUUCUGCCUAUGACAAAAGCACUGAUCGUGGACACACAAUCCAAAUAAAGAAUGACAAAGGAAGGUUGACAAAAGCACAAAUAGAUAAAAUGUGCCAGGAUGCCAUUUUAUUUGCAGAUGAUGACAGAUCAGCAAAAGCCCGAAUUGAGGCAAAGUCACAACUAGAAAACUAUGUGCAUGGAAUUCAAAUGAACUUAGAUAACUCUAAUCCUCACUUAAUGAUACCACCACAAGAUCUUGAUAUUCUAAAACAAACUUGUGAAGAGACUCAGCGUUGGAUAAAUGUAAAUUCUGAUGCAAGUGAGCAACAGUUUACAAACAAACUUAAAGACAUGGAAAGAAAAUGUGCACCAAUUAUUACUAGAGUUUAUCAGAACAUGACUUCAAGAGGUGGUUCAGAGACAUUGAAAGUUCCAGAAACCAAAAAAAUGGAUGAGGUUGAUUAAUGUAAUAUGGCAAACAGAACAUAGUCAUAAAAUUCUAUCAACUGAUCGAACGUGAAUUUCAAAAGAAAUGUGGAGCAGAAGACAUGGCAAUGAACCUGAGAGAGCUUUUUAUUCUCACUAAAAAAGAGAAAGCUCAUGGUUAAAUUCAUGAAAUAGUAGAACAUUCUUUGCAGAUUGAUACACUACCUUCAACAUACGUUGUGGAUCCGUUUCAGUUUAUAAAAAUACAGUUAAAAAAAAAGAAUACAGUUCAGGAAUUCUUAACAUAAAAUUUAUUACCAUGUCAAAGUGAGUUCAUUAAAUAAUAAUAGUUUAUUUUUCUGGGCUUUGGCAAAAAUGAUUUAUUUGCUAUUGCACAAUUAAGAAUAAAAAUAAAAUGAUUGGGAACUGGGUUUUACUACCCCAGUUAAUGUUUACUAAAAAUAGAUAUUGAACAGCAAUUUAAUUAAUCGAUCAAAAUGUUUUUAACCUUGUGUGUGUAGACAUAUUCAUUUAAUUUGCAGUAUGACUGGUAUGCAAAAAUU